AUGAGUACCAUUGAGGAAAGACGCGAAUCCGAUGUUUCCGAACCUGGCUCAGCCGAUGCCACUGAUACUACUAAUACGGAUAAUGACAUCGAAGUAAUUGUAAGUCUGUUCAACAUUUAUUUGAUUCAUAAUUUAGGAUUUGAUUGAGGACAGUGAUGAUGACGAAGGGACAAAGAAGAACAUGGAUCAAUUUGGGGACAGAAGCCGAGAAAGUGACAAGGGAAGUACGAAGAGCGAUAAUGAAGACCAAGAACAAGAAGUCGAAGUUGAGGGGGAGCUAGAGGAAGAAGUAGAGGAAGCAGGGCAGGAGACACAAGAGUUAAACGGCAUCUUCGAAGGGUGUAAGUUUCAACUUACAGUACCUCCGGAAGUAGAUACUUGACAGGGAUCUUUAGGUAAUCUUUUUUCUUUUAGUGUCCAGUGAUGAGCAAGAGGAGGUGUUCUCAUCUGAGAACAGAGUCUCCGCAUAUCAGAACUUCAUCUUGGCCACUUUCUUGAUGUUCACGAUACCUUGCGGCUUAAUGUAUGCUUCCUACAAAUUUCUCUUCCUCGGUAAGUUUCUCUGAAAAUUUUUUAAACUGAAGAAUGUACGUUAAAUUACUUAUUUUAGAACACUAUCAUCUUCCUCCAGAUCAGGCUGCCCUUUAUGGAGGCAUUGUUGGAAUUAUCUCGGUCUACGUUAUUAUUGGCAUCUUCAUUUACAUCGCUUAUCAUGAAGAGAAAGGCAUCGAACAGAGAAUCAAGGCGAUAAAAUCCCGUUGA